AUGGCACCAGGGGCGCAGGCCCUCGGCUUUAAUGAGCUCACCAUGUUGAGCCGGUUCUCGCUGUUUGCAGCUCUCAGUGUUUCAAAUCUGCAAGUCUGCAAGGCUACGAUGUUGGGUGAGAACCUACAAGUUGGAAUGUUUACCAACCCAAGCUAUCCAGAGCUCGUAGCUGUCCUGUCUGUGUGCAACAUGACCUGGUUUUUAGGUUCUCUGAGGCAGCAGAAUGAAGCUCGAUUGAGAAUAGCAAAAACCCUUGAAGACUUUGACCUGGGCACAACGGAAAAGUGUGUGAGAAUCAACUCGGUGUCUAGUGGUCUGGCUGAAGCCGACCUGGAGACAUUUCUACAGGCCAGAGUUCUUCCCUCUAGUCUGAUGUUACCAAAGGUAGAAGGUCCUGAAGAAAUCCAGUGGUUUUCAGACAAAUUUUCACUCCACUUAAAAGGCCGAAAACUUGAACAACCAAUGAAUUUAAUCCCCUUUGUGGAGACUGCAAUGGGUUUGCUCAAUUUUAAGGCAGUGUGUGAAGAAACACUAAAGAUUGGUCCUCAAGUGGGUCUUUGCCUAGAUGCAGUCGUUUUUGGAGGAGAAGAUUUUCGAGCCAGCAUAGGAGCAACAAGCAACAAAGACACCCAAGACAUCCUCUAUGCCCGACAGAAGAUUGUAGUUACGGCAAAGGCCUUUGGCCUACAAGCCAUAGAUCUUGUGUACAUUGACUUCCGGGAUGAAGACGGACUUCUCAGACAGUCAAGAGAAGCAGCUGCCAUGGGCUUCACUGGUAAACAGGUGAUCCACCCUAACCAGAUUGCUGUGGUACAGGAACAGUUUACUCCAACCCCAGAAAAAAUUCAGUGGGCUGAAGAGCUGAUUGCUGCAUUUAAAGAACACCAGCAGCUGGGAAAGGGAGCCUUUACUUUCCGAGGAAGUAUGAUCGACAUGCCAUUACUGAAGCAGGCCCAGAACAUUGUUACGCUUGCCACAUCCAUCAAGGAAAAAUGAUCUGUUAAAUGAAGCCCUCCUCAGGCGGGCUGAAUGGAUACUGUGGGUUUCUUAAAGACAAACUGCACUACCCAGGGCAGCUUGCUAGCACGCGGGAUCAGGACCUCAUUUCAUGUUAGUCACAACGCCCCCGCUCCCCUUGUAUCUUACUGACCUGUUAUUCUAAAAAUAAACUUUCUUCCUUCGGAAUCUAA